GAUGGUCGACAGUCAAUUAAAGAUGAUCCACGUUCUGGAAGACCGUCGACAUCUAGAAACGAUGAUGUUGUGGCGAACAUUUACGAAAAAGUGCGAAAUGACCGCAGAUUAACUGUUCGCGAGUUAGCAAAUGAAGCAGGAGUUUCAAUUGGAUCUUGUCAUGAAAUUUUAACAGAUGAGAAGGGUAGCUGCUAAAUUCGUUCCGCGGUUGUUGACAUCGGAACAAAAGGAAAAUCAUUUGACGAUUUCUCAAGAACUUAAAAAUCGAUCUGCUGAUAUAAAUUUCAUAAAAAAACAUCAUCACAGGGAACGAGACAUGGGCUUAUGGGUACGAUCCGGAAACAAAGUUACAGUCAUCUCAGUGGAAAACAAAAUUUUUCCCUCGACCAAAAAAAGCUCGCCAAGUGAGAUCGAAUGUCAAGACAAUGCUGAUUGUUUUUUUUGAUAUUGAAGGUAUUGUUCAUUAUGAAUUUGUGCCCCAUGGACAAACAGUCAAUCAGGUAUUCUAUAAAGAUGUAUUAAUACGUUUUCGAGAGAGAAUUCGCGAAAAGCGCCCAGAAAAAUGGCGAAGUUGA